GUUUAGGUGAUUUAUUGGAGCUGUUUAACUCUGCUAUUUAAUUAAUGAUUCUUUAUCAAAAAUUGAAUCAGACACAUGUAUACAGUACAUACCCUAUAUGAGUAACAUAAGUGUAGAUAACAGCUCAGAUAAUUUAGUUGUGAAAAAAAAAAAUAAGAUGUCAAGUUUAGAUUGAAUUUUGAGAGUUUUGAUUAGAUGAUCUGACGUACAAACUAAUCAAUUGUUAUUAGUAGUAUUUUUUUUUUACAAUAUGUAAAUAAUGGAUAAGAGAGCAAAGAAAUAGCAGGAACUUGUGUAUCCAGUGAUUAAUAUUUAAAUAGCAGGAGUCUCUAAGCAACGCCUCUUGUCCUCAAGGUGUCUGUUACAGAAGACAAACUGGAACGACAGAAGUAUGACCACAGGAAGAGAGAAAACAUUACCCAAAGGAAAAUGUAUAGAUGGGCAGAAAGAAAGGUACACUGACAGAAGUGGCUGGUGGAGAAACACUAUUAAGGACUAUCCCAUUCCUGGCAGUUACCACAUUCGGGACUUCAUAGAGGAGACAGAACUUAACCCUGUGCCUAGGACGUAUGGCUUCAAAGGCCCCAAGCGAAACACCCUGAUGUCGAUUGUACAUCGAGGGGACGUGCUAUUGCCCGGGGCAUAUAACUUCACCGACUCAACCAGUGAGAUUCUGCAGCGCCAGGCAACGUACUCUUUCAAAAGCUGCCCCAGACCUGACAUCCACACUUUGGGCCUUAGGGAUAAGGAUAUUAACCUCUCACCCGGUCAGUAUGAUGUUACGGAGAAGCCUGUCCCCAAAUCACCUUGCAAGCAUGUGAUGUUCCGAUCGGCCGUACAGAGGGUCAGCUUUCUCCCGAAAGAGGGACCAGCACCUGGACAUUACAACCCAAGGCAAAGCGCAGGCGUUGCAGUCACAUCCUGCUUCAGGUCUACUGUACCACGGCUGUACAGUGUGCACUCGGGAACUCCAGGACCAGGUGUGUAUGAGCCCACGUGGCACAGAGGUCAACGGCUUAGCACUGAUGUCAAAGUGGACUGGGCCCAUGACCUCCUUUUUCGCAACAUACCAUGAACUUUUUUUUUUGUCUUUGACCUUCCCAUAUAUAUUCAUUUAAUUAAAAUUUCCCAUUCUUUUGUAAGUAAAGUGUUCCCAGGUUUAGUGUUGAAAUAAUGUUAGCUGUUGUUUUAACAUCGAAAAUGUUCUGAAUUUUUUAUUUUUUUUUGUUACAUAAACAAGAUAUUUGAACAUUGAGA